AUGAGAAGCAAGGCUACAUCGUCUGCCUUGAGCUCAUACAACGACACCGCUUAUGCGUACAACCUCGGCACAUUCCAUCGCGCCGAUGCUCAGGUCUGGUUCAACCGCGGCCUGACGUGGGCGUAUGCCUUCAACCAUGAGGAGUCAGCGAGGUGCUUCCGGAAAGUCAUUGAGAAUGAUCCUUUCUGCGCCAUGGCUUAUUGGGGACUCGCAUUCGUCCUUGGGCCCAACUACAACAAGCCGUGGAAGGUAUUUGAUGGAGAGGACCUCGCCGAUACGACCAAACGCGCACAUCACACGAUCAUGCAGGCAAAGAGCCACUCAGGCAAGGCUACUCCAGUCGAGGUUGCGCUCAUCAAUGCACUGUCAUGUCGCUACCCGCAAGAGAAGCCAGCAGAUGAUUGCUCGAAGUGGAAUCAGGAUUACGCCCAAGCCAUGGACUCGGUCCUGCAAGCCUAUCCUGAUGAUCUCGACGUGGUCGCCUUGUGGACAGACGCCACGAUGAAUGUUACGCCUUGGAAGUUGUGGGAUUAUAGGACUGGAAAGCCAACGCCAGGUGCCAGGACCCUGGAGAUCAAAGAUGUAAUGGACCGCACUUUCAGGCUCAGAGGCUCGUUGCAACAUCCAGGCCUCCUUCACUUAUACAUCCAUCUGAUGGAAAUGUCACCAACUCCGGAAGCCGCCCUGACUAUAGCUGACAAUCUUCGCGGACUUGUCCCGGACGCAGGGCAUCUUGAGCAUAUGCCUACACAUCUGGACAUCAUCUGUGGAGAAUACCGUCGCGCCAUCGCGUCCAACUCUGACGCAAUACGUGCCGACUCCAAGUUCCUCGCCCGUGAGGGUCCUCUUAACUUCUACACGCUGUAUCGGUCGCAUGACUUUCACUUCAGGCUAUAUGCCGCCAUGUUGUGCGGUCAGUCCCGGGUAGCCCUUAUAACUGUGGAAGAGCUCGAGUCGACUAUUUCUGAAGAUUUACUGCGAGUCGAGUCACCACCAAUGGCAGAUUGGCUCGAGGGCUUUCUCGGCAUGCGAAUGCACGCCCUGGUACGCUUCGGUCGUUGGGAGGCUAUUCAUGCUCUUGAACUUCCGCGAGACUCCAAGCUUUACUGUUCAACCACUGCCAUGACACACUACGCGAAGGGCAUAGCCUACGCUGUGCAGGGUCGGAUUGAAGAGGCGGAAAAGCAGCGCGUAUUAUUUACCGAGGCAGUAAAACGGGUACCGUUAUCCCGUUCAGUCUUUAACAACACUUGCUUGUCGAUUCUCUCCAUUGCCGAGGCUAUGCUGGAUGGAGAGUUGGCUUACCGAAAGAAGGAUUACGACAUCGCUUUCGCCCAUCUGCGUAAGGCCGUAGAGAGAGAUGAUGCCUUGCCCUAUGAUGAGCCUUGGGGAUGGAUGCAACCAGCACGGCACGCGCUCGGUGCGCUGCUGCUGGAGCAGGGCCAUGUCGAGGAGGCAGCGGCUGUCUAUAGUGCAGACCUUGGGGUUGACGAAACCUUGCCCCGGGCUCUGCGGCACCCCAACAAUGUCUGGGCACUGCACGGAUUCUACGAGUGUCUGAUGAAGUUGGGCAGGGUUGACGAGGCUAAGAUCCUCAAGCCGCAGCUCCAACUAGCUUUGGCCGUGGCGGAUGUUCCCGUCAAGUCUUCGUGCUUCUGUCGCUUGAAGACGGUCGAUUGA